ACAGAAGCCAAUGCGAUAAGUUUGGUAAAGGUGCAGGGUUAGAAUGAAGUGCACGGUAGCUUUCGUGAUGCUGGCUUUGGCCGUUUUGGCCACUGCCGAGCAGGUGUCGUAUAGGAAUUACAAAGUUUACCAGAUCCAGGUUGCUGCGAAAGAACAACUGGCUCAGCUUAAACGAUGGGAAGACGUGGACGGUGUUGACUUUUGGGAUCCAUCCGGACGACGAGUCAUGAUCCACCCUCAGUUGCAGGAGAAGUUUGAAAAUUUCCUAAAAGCAAAUCAUUUUUCGCACGAAUUAAUCAUCGAUGAUGUGGAAACAACCAUUGAGGCUGAACGUAAAUAUGAUCAGGAGUACCGAAGGGCACGAGUUGUCUCCGGCCGAAGCACCGUCGACUUUGAACACUUUUGGCGUACACAGGAGAUCUACGACUAUAUGGACGAAUUGGCUGCUGAAUAUCCAAGUCUGGUUUCGGUUGAAGUUAUUGGCCAGACUCACGAAAAUCGCGAAAUCAAAUCUAUCACUAUCGCUACCACUAACGGACAGGUCAGCGGAUCAAAGCCCGUCGUAUUCAUCGAUGGUGGAGUUCACGCUCGUGAAUGGGGUGCAAUUAUGUCUGUAAUGUAUUUGAUUCACGAAUUGGUCGAGCACAGCGAUAUGUACGCGGAUAUGCUGGUCAACGAUUGGGUCAUUGUUCCAGUUGCAAAUCCAGACGGCUACGAAUUCAGUCACACUUCUAACCGCAUGUGGCGUAAGAACCGAUUCCCGGUUACCAUUCUAUGUACGGGUGUUGAUCUAAACCGUAACUUUGAUUACAUGUGGAACUUCAGCGCCAACGCUUGCUCUGAUACCUAUGCUGGCGCGAUCGCAGCAUCGGAAAAAGAAACCCAGGCUUUGGUGUCCCUGAUGAACCGCUACAGAAACAAUUUGACGCUUUAUCUAGCCGUGCAUACUUACGGGGAUUUGAUUCUGUAUCCAUUUGGCUAUGCGUGGCCUUUCAUUCCGGUUUCAAACGCUGUUGAACAUAUUGCCAUGGGACAAAAGGCUAGAUCUGCCGUCCUGGCCGUUGGCGGUCCUGAUUAUACUGUUGGAAACAGCGCGGAAAUUCUGUACACUGCCUACGGAGCCAGCGAUGAUUACGCUGUUGGAGCGGGCGGAUUCACGUAUGGCUUCACGCUGGAGUUGACUGGAGGAGGCAAUCAAGGAUUCGACUUACCGGCAACUGAAAUCCAACGGGUAGCUCAGGCUGCUUUCCAAAUCUAUAAAUCAAUGGCUGAGGAUAUUUAGAACA